AUGGUGCAACUAGAGCAAGAAGAACAGCGGCAGCAGCAGGUGCAUGAAACAGCUAUUGCAAGAGCCACCGCAAGAACAGCAGCAGCUGUUGCAGAUGUUGUAGGCGCCACUGCAAGAGAGUCCCAAGAGCAGCAGCAGCAGCAGGAGGAGGAGGAGGAGGACGCGUUUUCGCAUGUGACGCAAGUUACAAACGUGGAAUUUUGCCGCGGAUAUUUCGACGAGCUCGUAGGACCUACCAGAGCACGGUAUGAAGCAAAAAUUGACAUGUGCAACGGUGUCGACCCGUACAAGUUGCACAUAGGAAGAGAUGCGACCAAGGACGCCGAGUUGCUGCCACCAACGACGCACGUUGACAUCAUAAACUACUUAGUGCUGUCAACGAGCUACAUUUCUUUGCAACAAAUGAAAGCUUACAAGGCUUUAGACGCUCACAAUUACUUCACGAGUGGGUUCGUGAAGAAUAUUGCAGGGAAGCAGUUGCCGUCACAACGCGUCGUCGUGUUGGCCGAGGUCAACCACUCCCAGCGCCUUCGGGAGGCACCUUUGAAAGCAUGGAUCCUUGCGGAUGGUGAUGGCAGCAUUGUGACUGCUCACUGUACCUGCACGGCCGGUGCAGGAGAAGCGUGUUCACACGUUGGUGCGACACUCUUCGCCGUGGAGACAGCAGUGAGGAUGCGUGAUGCAAGAACGUGCACAGAAAAAGAAAAUGCAUGGCUGCCUGCAAACAAUCCCACUGCAGCAUUUAAGAGGCUGCGUGACAUAGAUUUCGCGUCAUCCCAAAUAAAGAAGAAGCGGAUGGACAGGAUUCACCUGGCAAGCGCACAAUCAUCAUCUGGACAUUUGCCAGCAGCACAGCCAUGUAUGUCUGCUGCCUCUACAGAGGCAGAUCUGGAUUCAUUUUAUGCAAAGCUUGCAAAUUCUGGAACCAGGUCUGCAGUUUUAAUGGUGCAUCCCAAGCACAGCAUGAUGUUCGAACCUCCCCGCCGCAAGAUGCCACUAGUUCUUCGGGGUUUGACUUGUCCUGAAGCACACGCUGAAGACUUUCAGAAACGUUCAGCGUGCAGAGAAGUUUGUUGUGGAUCUUUCAGUAACCGCAGAGAUGGUUCAGCAUGUGGAGCAGACGACGCGGCACCAAUCAAAAUGUGCAGACUGGUUUUGCCACCGCGCUGGCCGAGUAACCGCAUCGGAAAUGAAAAGUGUGUGCUCAACAAACAUUGCGGAUCCUUCGAUGAGUCUACUAAAAAAAAUUUGUUACCCAGAGCAACACACCUUUUUAAGCGCAGCUACAGCAUGGGGACAGACACAUGAAGCUGAUGCAAUUGCUUUUUAUGUGCGAGAAAUGAUGAAAACACACAAGGGCUUCACGCACUGUAGGACAGGUGUGUUUUUAAGUCCUCAACAUCCGUACCUUGCAGCAACACCAGAUGCAUCAAUAUGUUCGUGUUGUGGCAAGGGAGUCGUAGAAGUGAAAUGUCCAUACUCAUUAGCAGAAAGUGGCAUACCGAAGACAUCCGUCACUAAGAACUUUUGCUUGGAAAAUGCAGAUGGAGUACUGCGCCUGAAGCAAAGCCAUCAGUACUUUUUUCAAGUACAGACACAGAUGGCAGUCUGCAAUGUCUUGUAUUGCGACUUUGUUGUGUGGACUCCAUCAUCAACUCACAUUGAAAGGGUGCACAGAAAUGAUGCAUUUAUAGACACUUUGAUACCAUCUGCAGGAAGUUUCUUUGUGCAUGUAAUUAUGCCUGAACUGGUAGCGAACUAUUUCACAAGAAAGAAUGCAGUUCUGUGCAGCAGCAACAACACAAACAGAGCAGUGUUCUGCUACUGUCAAGGCCCAGAAGUAGGCAAGAUGCUGGCGUGUGAUGCAAAUCAACGCAAGUUUAAAUAGUUUCAUUACACUUGCCUCGGUAUUAAGCGUGCUCCACGGCAGAAGCAGUGGUUUUGCGAAGACUGUAAAAAAGAGCAGCUUGAACUCACUGCAUGAGAACCGCAUGAUUAAGCACGCCCCCCUCCCCCCCCCCAAAAAAAAAUGUACCUCCACGUUGAAGCCAGCAGCUUCUGUUCUUGCAGUUUCACAGUUCCACCAAUAAAAUGGUGCAUUAUGCGCAGUCCCCAUAUGUAGGUGUGUUGUGUUCUCUUCUUUUGAGUGUAAACUGAUGCCACAGCAGCACACCUCUGUUGUGGUUCGCAGAAUGAGCCCUCAGCUGUUUUGAAGUCCAGACCGCUACUCUGUUGAGGCACAAGUUACCAUAGUGCAUCAUGGCAACAUUUAUUUAUUUAUAAAAUACCUUACAGAGCACAAAGGGGGUGACAUGGAAAACAAACAUGGUAUACACUAGUUAAAACGCCAUGUGUAAACAUAAGUUAUGUAAGCAAUGUUAAAUAAAUCAACGUAAGAGUAAGAAUUAAAAUAAAGAGAACACUAUAAGAACACAGUUAACAUUAGUAGUGGGAAUGUACCGUGAACCU